AUGGCACCCCGCCGCCCGGGUCGCGCCCUCCUGGUCGUCGCGGCCGCGCUCUUCGCCACGGGUGCGAUCCGCACCGCCUUCGUCCCGGCGCCGCAGGCGGCACCUGUGCCCCCGGGCCAGCUCAACCCCACGCUCGCCGUGUCCGCCGCGCUGCCCACGCUGCUGUUCGCCGCGGACGCCGAGGCCAAGUACGGCGACCAGAGGAAGUGGCACUCCGUCCUGGUGCCGCUGACCACCCUGAUCGUCCCGGGCGUCGCGUUCGCGGCCUUCCUGCUGUACACCUUCUCCGACGACUUCGCCUGGCAGCUGAACCCGAACGCGCCGAAGAACAUUGAGAAGCAGGCGCAGUACGACAUGGUCCCUGCCUGGAAGAACCGCGCGGACCCCUUCAGGGGCCUGUUGAACAAGGACGACUUCGAGAAGGGCCUCGAGGAGGCCUGGGAGAAGGCCAAGCCGGCGGGCAGCACCGUCACGGUGAAGCAGAAGUUGGCCGAAAUGUCCACCCAGAACAACCCGCAUUUCAUGGAGAACAAGCUGGCGAAGCUGAGGAUGAAGGCGAGGGCGCAGCUGUCCGCCUGA